UCUAUCAUUUCUGACAUAAUGAUUAAGGGACUUCCCAGUGACCCACGGUGUUUUUCUUUUCACACCACUUGUUUCCUGUUUACCGUCAAUGCCGAGACGCAAUAAGGUAAAACAGGAAGUGAUUAGGAUUCAUAAAUAAAAGGGGGAAGGACAGAGAGAGAAGUGUUGGCAACUAUUUUUUGGGCAAUUUAAGAGAGGAAUUCAGGAAACGCAACACUUUGAAACCGAACCGACACAAACGGACAAUAGGAAACAGAAAUAAGGAGCGGGAGUGAGACGAUCAGAAAAAGCAGAAUGAUGAAGAGCUUCCUCCUCCUCAUCGUCCUCUCACUGAUCACAGGCUGCGAGGCCAGAGAAGAAGAAGUAGAAGAAGAAGAAGAAGAAGAAGAAGAAGACAGAUGCCAGGGAGGAUGGGUCGAAUUCACCUGCAAAUAUCCCAUAGAAAAAGAAAAGUAUCAAACCAUCAAGGUCGUCUCUCCCAGUAAAGUUUCCAUAGAGAGCAGUCGACAGAACGAGUGGGUCGACGACGGGAAACUUUCCCUCUACCAUAACACGAGUGAUCGAUCUGUCAGGGUCGUCGUCAAAUCACUAACAAGAAGUGAUUUGGGGAAAUACCGGUGUAAAUUUGACCAAAGACAAACCGAAACAAAUCUGAAACUGAAACAUGCCCGCUGCCAGAAUCCGAGAACUGAGUCUGCAACAGAAAAGACCACACACACGAUCACAUGCGACUUCUCAGGCAAGUUGAAGAAGAGAGAAAAGUUUCUCUGCAAAGAGGAAGGUUCUGGGUGUGUGGAAAUUCAGUCAACUGGGAGGUUCACACUCACAACCAGCAGGCGUCGCCUCGACGUGUCCGUCAGCAGCGUGUCGUCACAGGAUGCUGGUGUCUACUGGUGUGGACUGCGAUCAGAAGACAAGAAUAGCAGAACUGGACUCGGACGAAUACAGCUGCAGGUUCAGAUUCCUCCAACUGCAUCAACACCGUCCAUCCAUCAAUCCCCUGUAUCCUCUACUUCCUCCGUCCAGUCAACCACUGUGUCUGCUGGGCGUCGUGAGGCCACUUGGUUACCCGGUGUAAUCUUUGGAGUCGUCUCAGCAGCUGUUUCGGUGCUUGUGUUUGUUCUCAUCUACAGACGAUACAAGGGUUCAAAAACCACAAUAAAUGAAGACGCACAGAGCGAGGAUCACGGCUAUGCAGAGAUAGAAGAGUGCCCGCAGAAGUCGCACUCGGGAACUGGAGAGAAAACACUUUACGUCACUGCCAACUUCCCCACAAACCCCUCUGCCUUCACUCAUCCGCCCGACGUCCAGUCUCAACUCGGCUCUGGUGACGUGAGUGGUGACACAAGUUACAACGUGGGGGGCCACGACCAGCGUCCCGCCUCCUCUACUGUCAAUCAACCGUCCAGUUCCUCUGAAAACCCCCCUAGCUUUUCCAACGACAGUCUGCACUGAGGAAGACCAAGUCCAGUUUCUUAUAUUUCAUUCAAAUAUCUUAAGAAACAAAUGCAAAGCUUGAGCUUCAGACAGCAGAAAAUCACAUCUGGCGUUUUUGUGCAAACCUUUCUAAAGUUCAAGAUAACAGCAGCUGAUAAAUGUGCUGUACUGUGGUGUGGUUUAAUAAGUUGUUAUCCUCUGUUCCUUUUGGAAAAAAUAUGUAAAUACGAGGAAAAACUUGCUAAACUUAUUGCUGAGACAGUGUUUAAAGACUGUUAGGUGUUUAUAUAUUAAUAUAAAGUAUUUAUCUUUAUGAUUUAACAAAUUUCUUUGGAAACAUGCUUAAUGUUAAUUACUGUUCAAGGAAACAAGACCCAGUGUUUGGAGGCCUGAUUGUUUGGGAUUUUAAAUUUGUCUUUGUGUCGAUGUAGAAACAAACUUUCACUCAUUUUGUUCAGAAACAAUUGUUUUGUGAUGGAACGUUCGUGAAAUAUCCCAAAAGGUUUGGACGAAUCUAUAGUCUACUUCGUAACUCUCUACUCUACAUCACCAUGAUCAUCCAGAGGAUGGUGCUGUUGAAUAUCUGAUUCAUUUCAUUAUUCCACAGGCGACAGACAUUUCCUGAAUCACCUUUGACGUUUUCACUCUCUCUGCGAACUGAAUUCUGAAAGUCACCUGUUUUAUUAAACAAGACGUAACAAGCUUUCA